CCGGCCCGCCCAGGGAUCUGGUGGUUCGCGAUCGGCGCCGGCAUCGGGGCCUUCAACUCUGAGCAGCUGAAGCCCUGCAUGCACAAGACGGGGACGAAGGCCCACACCAAGGCCCUGCCAGCCAUUCAGGAAGUGUCGAAGCAGGUGACCAUCCAGGGGCAGAGGCGCGCUGGGGGAGGCUGUCGCUGGAGGACAGGGGAGGGUCUUCCUGGGGCCGCGUGGAGGCUGUUCGAGGCUUUGUCUCCGAUGUGCAUCUACCAGGACGGCUUCUCAGCACCUGUGCUUGUGGAAGUGUCGGGGAAGCCAUCGCUCUGUAGGCUCCCUAUAUGGUCGGCGGUGCCCCGUGGGAUGCAUGAUGCACGCAUGUCCUUGUCUUUCUUGACUUACCAUCCGCGACUUUAGCCUUUCAGGCUUCCCUGAUGGCCCGCGCGAAGACGGUCCGCGCAACACCUUGCCGAGGGGUGGCUUGGAGCAGUGAUGCUCCUCAGCUUCACUCCAAUGGGUAUUCAGCAGCCGCCUUCGCCGCCGUCUUCGCCUCCGCCUCCUUCCCUGCCCCCCGCCACCGCUCCCGCCUCCGCCUCCGCCCCUGUCCCAGCCGGCCCGGGCGACGUCGCCCCCGCCCCCGCUCCCGCCCCUUCCCGCGCC